AUGCAUUCUACGCCCAGGGAAAUUCCUCAAACCCAUACUACCUACCUCCUCAUCAAGCCUCCACCUCUCCAGAGCGAAUGGGAUCGGGAACGGGUCCUGACCACGACGGCUGGCAAUACCCCCGCGGCCAACGAUCACGCACACGAACCAAUUCUUCCUCUAAUGCUCAUGCUCGCGCCCCCCCUCCCUCACAAUCUUCUUUCUCGACACACCGCCACCCAAAUCCCCUCCCCCCCUCUGCCGGAUAGAGAGGAGCCCGCUGCUGGAGAAGCAGGCGUGAGAUCUACUUCGUCUGAUUCGUCUGAUCUCCGCGUCGCGUCGAUUUCGUCUCCAGAUGAUCAUGAUCACGGUCACAAUGAUAACGCUCAGAAUGCCCGUCCUACCAGUCUCGCCCGUCAACAAAGUGGUUGGCGCAGACAUAUGUCUGAAGCUAGUAGCGAUGAUGGCUCGACUUAUGAAGAGCGCAGCAGACCGGGACAAGGACGCGGUUAG